AUGCUUUCAAUUACUUUGAAUGAAGACAAGGAAUCCCUUCUAAGACAUCCAAUCGAUGUCUAUCUUCUGACCAGAAGAAUAGCCAUUGAAUGGCAAGAAGUGAAGCAUUUAUUGGGAAAGAAAAGCAAACCUUUGUUUGAUAUUCAAUGCAAUCUCUUUGGCGUCGAUUGUCAUCAAAACACAACUUUGAAAAACACAUCCGAAAUAAUGACACGAUUUGACGAUAAGAUAACUAACAAAGAAUUAAUGAACUCUGCCUACGGAUUAAUAAGUCUCGUGAAUACAUACGGAUUGGAUAUUAAAUCAUUAAUAAAUGGUUUGAUUAAAUAUAACAACGGAUCCAGAAAUGAAGUGGUCAUCAAAUCCAUUGAGUACUCGAAUGCAAAGAUAUGGUUAACUCAAGCCAUCACUAAAAUUGAUAACAAGACCACCGAUGAGACAAUUGCAAAGACAUUCAAAUACUUGUCCUCUUGUGAACAAGAAAUAGGAAUUUCAAGUGAAGCCCAAAGAUAUUUGAGAAUUUCAAUGGCUAUUAAACCGGACAUUGAAUCUGUGAAACAACAGAUCAAAUCCGAAACUAAAUUGAAUCCAAUUUACGGAUUGAGUGAAAACGGGGAUCAGUUGUGUAGAGGAGAAAAACUUUUAAACGAUUCAAUUAUUUCUCAAUUAAACUGUUAUUUCCUAAACACGACUGAAAUCCCAUUUUUACGGUUAACUCGUAUUAAAGUGGAAGAGAAGUAUAAAAGACCGCAAAUUCUUGUAGUCCAUGACUUCAUGUCAGACAACGAAACACAAACCAUGAUAUCAAUGACCAAACCAUCGCUUCGUCGGCUAAAAGUAGUGAAAAAGAAUGAAUCGGAUUCAGAUGAAGAGGGAUUCAAUAUACGGGUGGCGAACGGCAAUUGGUUGUACGAUAACUAUCACCCGGUGUUGCAAACUGUAAGCCGACGUAUCGGUGCCAUCACUGGCCUCAACACCACUUAUGCCGAGGCAUACAAUGCUAUCAAAUACAGUGUCGGCGGUUAUUAUGACUAUCAUUACGAAUCGUCCAACGCCUAUCGGGAGAGUAACGGAUCCCAACGGAUCGGCACUUGGAUUAACUACUUGGCCGACGUGGAGGCCGGCGGCGCCACUGUCUUCCCCCUCUUGAAUGUAACCGUUUUGCUCGAGAAGUUUGCGGCACUUUUCUGGCAUAAUCUGUACGACUCGGGAGACACCGAUCCGUUGACACUUCAUAGCGGGUGUCCAGUACUGGUCGGCGACAAAUGGAUUGCCACCAAAUGGAUCCGUACUUAUGGACAAGAGUUUCUUAAACCCUGUUUGAAUGAAUCGUAUCUUUAUAUUAAGUAA